CCCAGCGCUAGCCAAUAGGUGUCGAAGAUCCGGGGCCCCUCAUCUGGGGUUAGCAACCCAGCCCUUCCCUGCCAUCUCUACUAACAAAGUUAACAUCAUGCCGAGGUUCGUUGGAGCUCUCCACCGCAGCUUGUAACCGACUCUAGAGAGUCAUUACGAAUUAGCUAUAAUUACAAACAAUUGCAUAUCCUCCGCUCUUCCUUACUUUUAAUUCUCAAUUAUACCCCUAUCAAUUAACAUUCGAAAACAUUUUCCUGUGUAGUAAUAUAUAUCAUCGCUCCAUUAUCAAUCUUUGAUAUACAGCUCCUACACACCAACUCCCCCUCAUCCUCAUACUCACUCCACUGAACAAAUCCCACCCAAAAUGGCGCACCACGCAGCAAAAGAUGACCUCCGCGUCUCCAACCUCUUCAACUUCAGCUCCCACAUCGCGCUCGUGACAGGCGGCGCAACAGGCCUGGGAGAAAUGGCGGCGCAAGCCUUCGUCCAGAACGGCGCCCACGUCAUCAUCGCCUCACGCAAGGAAUCCGAGCUCAAGCUCACCAGCGACCGUCUCAACAAGCUGGGCCCCGGAAAGUGCGAGUACAUAAUCGCAGACCUGAAGGACAAGGACGGCUGCGUGAAGCUCGCCCAGGAGGUCAAGAAGCGCGUUGACAGGCUCACAGUGCUCGUCAACAACACGGGCGCCACGUGGGGUGACGACUAUUAUAAUUUCCCUGAGCAUGCGUGGGAUAAGUUGAUGGCGCUGAAUGUCAAGAGUAUCUUUUACAUGACUGUCGAAUUGGAGCCGCUGCUGCUCAAGGGCGCGAAUGCGGAUACGCCGAGCAGGGUCAUCAAUAUCGCUAGUAUGGCGGGUAUCCAGACUAUUGAUGUGACGACCGGCGAGGGUGGUGGAUUGAGCCAGCCGGGUCAUGGAACUUUCAGUUAUGGUCCUGCAAAGGCAGCCUGCAUCCACCUCACCAAGCUGCAGGCAUCCAAGCUGGCUCCCAAGAACAUCAUGGUCAACGUCAUCUGCCCAGGCGUCUUCCCGUCCCGCAUGACGAACUACGGUCUCGACAAGUUCAUGGACACUCUCGUCGCCGGUCAGCCCACGGGCAGGAUCGGAAAGCCCUCCGACUUUGGCGGUUUGGUGCUGUUCUUGAGCUCCGCGGGUUCGGCGCACAUGACUGGUAAUGCCAUUGAGUUUGAUGGCGGUAGCACGUUGAGUGGACAUAGGGGGAAGAGGGGACAGGCGGAGAGUAAGAUCUAGAUGUGUUGACACCGGGGAAGUCACUUCCUUAUCUUAACAAUCUGAGAGAUGAAAAAAAAAAUGAGAAUGCUAUAGCACCAAUGCUUCAAGUAGAUUUGAGUC